AUGGAACACAACGGCCCUCCGUCUCCAGCUCCUUCAAACGAUGAUAUUCACCCCAACGGACUGCAUCACUUGAUACGCCCGAUCGGAACCACGUCUUACCCCAGAGAGCAUCUGCACCCUAAUGAUAUGGGGGGUUUGCAGACUCCUUCUCGAUACGGCACACCUGUACCUCAACAGGAUAUGCCUUACGGUCACCACACCCCGUACUCGCACCGCGCAAAUGAUGGUCAGAUGGUAAGAAUUAUCACCUUCUUCACCCACACCUUUGGUUCAAGAACCCCCACUGACAUGAUGCCGCAGUCUUAUCACCAUGGCUAUGACACUAGCGCUGGCUCCAUGUACGGCCCAAUGUCCGGGGAACUAAGCCAUCAGCCAUACAGCACCCCCGACACAUCACCGCCUACACCUUCGCGGGCGUCGGAUGUGUUGACCACUCGUAGUGGGCUCAACAUCCACAAGGGAUCGUCGACUAUCAAGCCGCUCGCGGCUCGGGCAACCCGUGUCGAAAAGUCGACGCCCAGGAAGAAGAAGGAGCGAGCCAAGUCGUCCAAAAAGAUCGACGGCGUAACGAAACCCCUGAGCGAGUUGGCCAAGGAGCAACCUCACAUUCCAGUGGCAGACAUCGGUGCCUACGUCCAACGGUCUGCAGAGGUACGAAUGAAGGAAGUGGAAGAGAGCAAGACGCCCGGUAGGAUCAAGCGGCCCAUGAACGCCUUCAUGUUGUACCGCAAGGCCUACCAGAACCUUGCCAAAGGUCUAUGCACACAAAACAACCACCAGGUGGUAUCCCAGGUCUGUGGGAGCGGCUGGCCCUUGGAGCCCGAACAUGUUCGUGACCAGUUCAAUGACUGGGCCAAGGAGGAGCGAGCGAAUCACCAGAAGGCCCACCCCGGAUACAAGUUCACGCCGUCAAAACCGAGACCCAAGGCGAGGGAAGAAGAUGAGUCCGAUCAGGGCGAUUUGGACGACAUGGAAUGGGGCCGUAGCCGAGCAGGCUCAAGGGGCAGGCAGCUGAGGAAGCCAGCACACGGCAGAAACGAAGCGCCUGCAUCCAUCUUCCACAACUACCCACCGCUCCAGACAAGCCCGAUGGGUCUUGGGGUGCAAACGCAGUCCAUGUACCACUACAGCAACCCGGGAAAGCCUCUGCCAGCGCCAUAUAGCCAGACUGGCCUUGGAGGUGGUCAAUAUUACCAGCAAAGUGUUCAUCAGCGUCAGGACGCAACUGGCUUCGUUGAGGACGUGCUCAUCCGAAAGUCGCCAUCACCAGCGAUGGGCUAUGCUGCGCCGUCGAUGGACAACCGUUACGACGGCAUGGGUCAGUAUGGACCCAUGUCGCAUCAUGACGGCCUAGAGCCCAUGAUUGAUCCGGGUUUGAUGGGGCACGGAGGACACCCGUAUGGAGACCCGUAUGGCGAUCCCAUGCUGGAGCCGAGAUGGACGAACCCUCUUGGUUUCGGCGACGGGAGACAGGACCUCCUCGAAGGUCUAUCUGGGUACGAUGAUAACCUUAUGCAUGACCCCCAGUUACAAAUUUUGAGGGGGCAGGAAAGUAGCUGGAGAGUGGAGGAGCUUGAAGGCAGCCACUUCAACAAUUGGAUAGACCCAGAGUGA